AGCAUGCGCAGUUGGUUCAAAAGGGCUCUAAUUGGAGUUUUUCACAGACGUCUUCGGGUCGUGCUAAAGUCGUUGUCCCGGCCCCGCGGACUCUUGAGCAGCGUCUCAGAGGAUCCCUCGCUGCCUGAUGGUGCACUACGAACUUGCCGUCAUCUUCCGUACGCUGGGGAAGUCGGAUCUGCCGGCGGCACUGCGUAGCGCAUGCGGUACUCUGCUGGCGCAGGGGAGCAUCGUGCGAGAGAUGGAGAGCAGAGGAGAGAGGAGACUGCCGUACAAGAUGGGAGCACACAAGGAGAGAUUCACCCAUGGAAGAUAUGUGAUAUUUGACUUUGAUGCCCCGCCCCAGUCAGUUGGACUCAUCCUCUCACAGAUUCACCAAAACAGAGACGUCAUUAGAGCCUCUCUAGUCAAAUCAGAAUCACCAUGACACUUUGUUUCAGUCUCUUCUUGUGUUGAAAUAGUCACAUGAUAUUGAAGGGGUC